AAAGGUGGAAAAACGGGGGUUGUUUGUUGUUGCGCUGUGCGGUUGUCAUAACCAAACAGAUCAAAGUCGUUGAAUAUCUUCACUUUUCCAACUGAAAAUAUUCCUCUUAGACCAAUAAUUCACAAUUAAUUAGUUUUUGAUUGAAUGCAGUUUAUUUUGACAUAAAAUGAAAACCGCGAUUAGCAUUGUUGUAGUUUGUUGAACUGUUACAAAGUAAAGGAAACAGCGAUAGUUUCUGUGUGCGUGCGGGACAGUGUACUUGACCCCUACAUGUGUUGUAAGGUGCAAGUCUGGCAGGUGGACAAUGGUCAUCGUCUAUCAGUGUACUCGGCAACUAGUUUGUGACGUUAUCCUACACACCAAGGACCAAUACUGUUCUGCUGGAAUGAACAGGUUGAGCUGUUUAGGAAGAUAGUGAAGCUCACGAAACCUAACAGCAAGCAAUGACCAUUCAAAAAUGUCAUCCAAAUUACCGACCCGUAAAACCAUCGAACCCCUGUUCAGAAUUGUUUCCGAUUUGGGCAAGCCCUCUGUCGAGUCGUCAUCGCCUUUUCCAAACCCAACUGACACGGAUGAUGGACUGUACCGGCAAAAGGUCCACAAGAGCCGAAUCCCAGGACCAGCCAAAACCUAUGUGGGGAUGAUCGUGAACCGAAGUAAGAGUGUGGACGAUCUACAGGCCGCAAACGAAGAACAUCGGAGUCACCACAAAAGUCGGAAAUCCGCGGGGGACAAUCGGUUAGAGCGAGUAGUUCGAGCCAAGGAUCAUCAGAUCACUAAACUGGUGGAAAAGAUCACGACAUUAUUCGAGUGUAACAAUCAAUUUGCAAUUGAAAACGAGAAAUUGCAGAAAGAAUACCAACAGGUGCAGCAGAACUUGAAAGCGUUGGAAAACGCUAAGGCAAAAAGUUGCGAUAGUUGUGCAGAGUUCGAGCACGAACGGCAAACUCUGGCCAAGGAAAAUGGUGACUUGAGGAACGAUAUUAAAAUGAUGAAAAUUUUAGUCUAUCGAUUGAACGUCCAAGUUGAACGAUAUCAGGACGUGAUAAGGAAAGAAAAAACCGCAAAGGGAGACAUUCCGAAAAUCGAUUUCGUCGACAGUUCUUACGGGGGAACAAAAGACAAUCUGAACUGGGGAUCGGUAAACUCGCACACUCUGGGACCUUUACUGAAUGCGUACGAGGAAACGAUCGGCGAAAAGAAUGAACUGGUGCAGCAGUAUGAGCAAGAGCUGAUUGAUUUUACUGGGAAGCUGAAGCAAACGAUGGAGGAGAAUGAAAAACUGCACAAAGAUGUGGAUGGGAUUAAAAGUACCCAAAGCGGUUGGCUUUCGGAACGAGCGCGACUUCAGGCGCAAAUUGAUGUGUUCAAAACUAAGGCGGAAAUUCAGGGAAAGCGAGCGGAUUUGGCAAAGGAAAAAUUGGUUGAGGUGCUGAAGUGUUAUGAACAGAAAAUACAGGCUCAGUGUCUCGACAUCGAGCGCUUGCAAGAAGCAUAUGCUCGAGCGAAAGGAGAGUUGACUUCGCUCAGGAAUCUCAAUCAAAGACCCGAGGUUGUGGUUGAAAGUAUGAAAGAAUGUCAAAAACUGUUUGAAGAAUUAAAAAUUCAGCACGACUCCGAAAAAACACGAUCCACAACCGAAAUUGAUGCGUUGAAGACAAUAAUUGAAGCAAAAGAUGGAGAAAUUUCACAGCUUAAGUCGCAUAUAGCAGAGCAGCAGAAAAUCCUCGAGCGACACAAGGAGAUCAAUGAAGUUCUAAUGGAUAAAUCUACUGCCCUCAAGCAAUCACUUUAUCGCACCAGACAGUCGAAGGAUGCUCUAAAAUCGCGCCUGAAAAACAUGGCCACAUGGAGCAAAAACGUUGAACAGCGACACGAUCAACCGCAUGAUUAUUGGCCUAGUAUCAAAGCAUUGCAGGCCAAAAUCGCUGAACGGGAUCAACAACUACAGGCUCUUCAGGUCCGUCAUGCUGCCGAGAUGGGCCAACUGCAGCGCCGGCUGCUACACCGGGAGGACAGUCUGCGAAGGAUUCUCGAAGAGAAGGCACACUUUAGGAAGGCGUAAUCAGUUUUUUAUCCAGUGGCAAUUCACAACAUUUUCGUUUGUUUGGAAAGUACGAAGCAAAACAUGAAAUUUAUCAAACAGCAAAUCAAGAUAUCGAAAGCACCAUCGUUGAGUAGAUCUACUCGUAGUUUUGAACUAGUCCAAUUAAAAGCUAUAUUAAACUGC